AUGGCGGAAGGCAACGACAAGAGCUCAAACCCCAUGCGGGAUCUGCGCAUCGACAAGCUGGUGCUGAACAUUUCCGUCGGCGAGUCUGGUGAUCGUCUCACCCGUGCUGCAAAGGUGUUGGAACAACUGUCGGGUCAAACUCCUGUCUACAGCAAAGCGCGUUACACUGUUCGUUCUUUCGGUAUCCGCCGCAACGAAAAGAUCGCCGUCCAUGUCACCGUCCGCGGGCCCAAAGCCGAAGAAAUCCUCGAACGCGGCUUGAAAGUCAAGGAAUACGAACUCAGGAAGAAGAACUUCAGCGAAACCGGGAACUUUGGGUUCGGUAUCUCGGAGCACAUUGAUCUGGGGAUCAAGUACGAUCCAGCGAUUGGGAUUUACGGAAUGGAUUUCUACUGCUGCAUGGGCAGACCCGGUGCCAGAGUUGCUCGGAGACGACGCUGCAAGAGCAAGGUUGGACGCAGCCACCAAGUUUCCAAGGAUGAUUCGAUCAAGUGGUUCAAGACGAGAUUCGAAGGGAUUGUGCGGUAG